AUGAGUGGUGGCACUGGGCCUUUGAUGCCCACUUUCCAAGGCUUCGUAUCGAACACGGAGGAAGGGCUGAUGUUGUUCGAGGCAUGCCUGAGUGGGAAGCUUCACCAUGUAGUCCGCCGUGUGCACGACAGGGAGCGACCACACCUCAUCAAGAGCGGCAGUGUCUUCAUCUACGAAGAGAACGCAUCAGGCAUCAAGAGAUGGACUGAUGGCGUCGCCUGGAGCCCCAGUCGCAUCCUCGACAACUUCCUCAUCUACCGCGAGCUCGAGAAACCAUUCCCACCGGGCGAGAAGAAACGCGCAAUGAAGCGCAAACGCCAAAGUGUUCCAGGCGACCCCUACCCUCGCCGCGACUCGGAUGAGAACGACGUAGGAGAUCAUUUCACGUCAAUCACUCCUCCAACACCAACCGCGAACGGCGAAGUCAAGUCGAAGCAGCCCACCAGCGAAGCCGACAAAGACAUGGAACGCCAUCUGAUCGGCUCGCUGGUCGACAGUUACGGCUUCCGGCCGGGCGGCCUCGUGAAGAAGACCAUGAGCAUCACCAUCAACAACAUCUCGCACCACAUGGUCUCUUAUUACAACGUCGACGAUGUGAAGAACGGCAAACUGCCCAGUCCUCAGGCCGACCCGCGUCUACACGGCAUAUCGAUCAGGCCGGAGCUGUACCUCAAGCAGAACUUCCGUUCACCUAUCGAGGAUGGCGAGCAUCUCGCGCUCGACGGCAGCACCCCAUCGCACUUCCCCCAGUCGAUGUACCGAAUACGGCAGCCUACCGCCAACGCUUAUGGCCUUCCCAGCUCGGCGUGGCCCACCCAGCAAGGCGCACCGCCAGUCACAUACGGAAGUCUUGCACCUCAACAGCAAAACGGUGGAGCGAUCGCGUACGGAAAUCUUCCAGGGUACAAUGGUCUAGGGUUCAACAACUACUACAGGUCGCAAGAGCAACAAACUACGAGGAUUGAGGACGGGCCGACAACAAGCUCCAACUGUGUGGCGAGCUACACUUAUCUGUCAUACGCACCAUGGAUCCCUUCAUACGGAUCGAUCAGUGCUCCUGGGGUAUCAUUCAACAGCACUAGGAAGCAGAGCCCCAUGCCGAGCCCGACGGCCCAGACGUACGCGGCUUAA